GCUGCUCUCUGUACUACACUUACUCUCCUCCUUUCCCGGCUCAAUAUUAUCUCUUUUCGCCUCCUUUACUCUUUGCUUCAGAAUUGUGGUUAUUUUAGUGGUAGAUUUGGCAGCAAUGAUGGAGGACGGAGACUGGAUUCUGGUGCACCGGCCUAUGGAGAAGGAUCUCUGGAGCCCGACCUUGAUGACGGACUUCAACAAUGACAGUUCCAAGCCGCUGAAAGUUACGUUCUCUGGUCCUGCUAAGCACUGGACAGACGCGAUUCCGAUUGGAAAUGGUCGGCUUGGGGCGAUGGUGUGGGGCGGCGUCGCGGUGGAAACUCUGCAGCUCAAUGGUAGUUAUAAAUAACUUAAUUGAACUGAAUAAAGUCUGGUGAUGUGAAUUGGUUGCUAUUUCUGCAAUGUGUUUGUGUUGAUGUAUAAGAGAAUGGAAGCAGGGUUAGAGAAUGUUUUAUUUUGUUUACUGUAAUUGUUAUGCAGAGGAUACUCUGUGGACCGGGACGCCGGGUGAUUACACAGAUCCGAAUGCGCCAGAGGCGUUGUCGGAGGUUAGAAAACUUGUUGAUGGCGGCAAGUAUGCUGAGGCUACUAAAGCAGCGGUUAAGUUGUCUGAUAAUCCUUCUGAUGUUUAUCAACUUCUGGGAGAUAUCAAGCUAGAAUUUGAUGAUUCCCAUCUUAAAUAUACAGAAAACACAUACCGUAGAGAGCUUGAUCUGGAAACUGCAACAGCAAGAGUAAAAUAUUCCGUUGAUAAUAUAGAAUUUACAAGGGAACAUUUUGCUUCAUAUCCUGAUCAGGUGAUUGUUACAAAAAUUUCUGGAAGCAAACCUGGAUCUUUAUCAUUUACAGUUUCUCUUGACAGCAAGUUACAUCACCACUCAGGAGCAAACAAUCAAAAUCAAAUCAUAUUGCAAGGAAGUUGCCCUGGUAAAAGGAUUCCUCCACAUAUUGCUGUACAUGAGAACCCAAAAGGAAUACAGUUCUCUGCAGCUCUUGAUUUACAGGUGAAUCCAGGAGCUAUCAUACAUGUUUUAGAUGACAAGAAGUUGAAGGUUGAAGGUUCAGAUUGGGCUGUUUUGAUUCUGGCAGCUUCUUCUUCAUUUGAUGGGCCAUUCACUAAACCUUCAGAUUCUAAGAAGGAUCCCACUUCAGAGUCUCUCAAUGCAUUAAAAUCUACAAUUGGCUUAUCAUACUCUGAUCUCUAUACACAUCACCUGGAUGAUUAUCAGAAUCUUUUUCAUCGUGUCUCGCUGCAGCUUUCAAAAAAUUCUAAGAGCAUGUUUAAUGAUAGGUCUCUGGAGGUUAAGAAAGCUAAGUCCCCUCUAACUGAUUUAUGGUCCAAUAAAAGUGAAGAUGACACAGUUUCUACAGCAGAGCGGGUGAAGUCUUUUCAAACAGAUGAGGAUCCUUCCUUUGUUGAGCUUCUAUUCCAAUAUGGUCGGUAUCUGCUUAUUUCUUGUUCACGGCCUGGAACUCAAGUAGCAAACCUCCAGGGAAUAUGGAACAAGGAUAUUGAACCUGCAUGGGAGUAUGUUCAUCUCUUUCUUUUACCCUUAGAAAAUUCUUCAAUUCAACUGCUAUAGUAACAUUCACAUACCAUUUCAUUAUAUAUAGAUUUGAUAUAUAAUUAUGACAAGACCUCCCCCUCUUUCUGUCUCCCAUAUACCACACACCACUCUCUUCCCAAGACAUGUAACCACUUUUUGGUCCCUUUCUACUUUCUUUUUAAGUUUGACAUUACUCGAUUGUUACAAUAUGUACUUAACUUCCAAGGCGGGGAUACUUGUUACCAUGUUUCUUCCUCUUUUCUCACAUCUAUUUCUUUUGAUUGAGCAAAGUCCACAAUCCUUCUAAUUACAAAUAGUGAACUUACAAAAACACUUUCAGUACCACAGGAAACAAAAGCACAUUAAGCCAAACACAGGCUUAACUCCCAGUCUGCUUCUCUUUCUCUGUUUAGCUUACCUGUUUUCUUAUUUUUGUUACCUUUGGUGGCUUUCCUUGUCAAAUCCCACAGGAAUACUUGUGUCUGCAUGCCUUUCUUUUUUUCAUGUGAUUGUCAUGUUUGUAUUGGUUCUUGUAUUGCAGUGUUGCCACCAUUCAAUUUUUGUUUGCUUAUUGUAUUCAAAAUCAAUUGGUUGGUAAGAG